UGGCCCUGAGUUUGGACACCCCUGCGAUGAGAUGGCGGUAACUGAUUUACGGAUGAGCUACGGAGGAGACGUCGGCUUCCAAGAAGAAGAAAGUUGCUUCCCAAAGAAGAGUUACUCGAGAAGCAUGGCUGGAAGCAACACUACCCAGUCGCUCACCAGUUCUCUAUCCAAACUGCAGUCUCUGAAUGGACUCUUUGCAAUUUAUAAAAAGCAAGGACCGACCUCUGCAGAUGUCUUAAAUAAACUCAAAGAAGUUUUGCUGAAGGAAGCCGGUGUGCAGAACCCGAACCCGAGGAAGAGGAAAAAACAGCAUCUGAAGGUGGGCCACGGAGGAACACUCGACAGUGCUGCUAGCGGAGUAUUGGUUGUUGGUGUUGGAAAUGGCACAAAAAUGCUCAGCACAAUGUUGACUGGUUCCAAGAAGUACACUGCUGUAGGGGAGCUGGGAAAAGCAACAGACACUCUUGAUGCUACCGGCAGUGUGACUGUCGAGAAAGACUUUAAGCAUAUUACCAGGUUGGACGUGGAGGAGAAGCUGCACAGUUUUGUUGGCGAUAUCAUGCAAGUCCCGCCGCUAUACUCGGCUUUGAAAAAAGAUGGCCAGCGGCUGUCUGUGCUCCUGAAGAAAGGUCACAAGGUUGAGGCGAAACCAGCAAGACCUGUCACGGUGUACAACCUGACGCUGCACGAGUUCAAGCCCCCUCUCUUCACUCUCGAUAUUGAAUGUGGAGGUGGAUUUUACGUCAGAAGCUUGGUGGAUGAACUGGGGAAAGCUCUCUCAUCGUGUGCUCACGUCAAGGAGCUGAUCCGUACCAAGCAGGGUCAGUUCACCUUGGAGCAUCAUGCCUUGCACGAAGAGCACUGGACACUGGAACAUAUCGUCAAGUCGUUGCAGCCGUGUCCGGACGAUGUGGCAGCACCAGAGGGUGCACCUGAGAGACCAUGUAAAGAUACCAAUUCAAAUGUGGGUUAACAUUCGGGGUCUUUAUCGUCACUGUCAGUGGUUUUCAUGUAGGAUAGUAGCAGGAUAGUAGUUUUUUUAUGCAAAUUACGGUUAUUUUUGCAUUGAGUGGGUUUAUUAUUUGCAGAAAUGAUAGCUUUCUUCAAUGACUUGCCCACUGACAUCACCUGUAAUUCUUUCUAUAUUUUGGAUUGUAAUAGAAGGGCCGAUGCUCCUUCCACCAGGUAGUCCCUCCUGGUUUGAUUGAAUGAAUGUGAAACAGUAUGCACUAUUUUUUUUUAUUUACUAGUUUUAUUUUUAUUGCAAUAUUGCAUAUGGAUUUUUUUAAAAAGGCAAAAUACGAUGAUACAUGUUGUUUGCAGUGGACAGUGAUGCUGUCUUUCAACUUGUUUUGUUUUUCAUACCUCUGAAUAUUGUUUAAGUAAGUCGGGGGGGUCCAAAGUGUGGCCCAGGGUUCUUUUUUUUUUUUUUUUUUAAUAAAAAUGUAAUUAGUUCACACCAUGACAUUAAAUUUACAUGCAGCAAUAACAUUUGCAGAUGCAUAAAUACAACAUGUACCCAUUUUUUUGUUUUUUCUUGGAAGUAUUCACAUCACCUACUGUAUCUCUACACAGUGGCAUGCAGAGCAAGCAAAGAAAAAUACUGUAAUAAAGAAAAAAGUGUCCACUGACGCUUUAAUCAA